AUGAUUCUUUUUCUUUCUAUUAGAAUUUCUUUCAUCAAUAAUCGUCGAACAACUCAUAAUAAUAGUAGUGAUGAUGAUCAAGCAUUUGAAAAAUUUUUACAAGAACAUCGAACUGUAAAGACAAUUAAAUGUGAAGAAAAACCAUCGACUGAACCAAAAAGAAAAAAACGAAAUAGUAUACAGGAAUUUAUUUGUAAUUCAUCAUCAGCAUCGUCUGGAGAAGAUGAUGAUCCAUCAGAAUUUUAUUCGAAAGUAAAUAGAAUAAUUGAUAAAGAUUUAUCAUGGAGAAAACCUGAAGAAGACUAUUCAUCUGAUGAAUCCAGUCAAUUAUCUUCAUCUUCGUCUCCAUCUUCAUCUUCUUCAGAGAAUGAUGAACGAAUAAUACGGAAGAAAAAAGAUAUGAAAAUAUCUAUAAAUUUUCUUGAAUCACUCUCAAACUAUGUACCACUUGAAGAUAAACAUUCUGAUGCUAAACAAUAUUUUAUUCGAACAGGAUUUAAGAAUAAAAAUAAACGACAAGAAUUAGCUGAAAAACUUUUUUCAAUCUAUGAUCAAGAUGUUUUUUCUUCUAAACUUUCGGAUAAAGUAACAAUUGUUUGGAGUGGUCGAUUGACAGCAACAGCUGGUCAUUGUACAACUCGACGUUCAAGUCAGACAGCUACAGUUACGCUUUCACAUAAAGUUUGUGAUUCACCUGAACGUUGUCGUGAUACACUUCUACAUGAACUGUGUCAUGCAGCUGUAUCAUUAAUAGAUAAUGUUACAGAUCAAGGUCAUGGACCAUUAUGGCGUAAAUGGACGCAUAAAGCUGAACGAUGUUAUCCUUAUUUACCAGCAAUAUCGGUAAAACAUACGUAUGAUAUCGCUUAUAAAUUCAUUUAUCGAUGUAUUCAAUGUCAUUAUGAAGUUCAACGUCAUUCGAAAUCACUAAAUAUUGAAAUUGAUUGUUGUGGAAAAUGUAUGGGAAAAUUUGAAUUAUUAUUAAAUAAUAAUAAAACAAAUGAAGUUCAAACACCAAAGAAAACAUUAACUCGUUAUAAUUUAUUUAUUAAAGAACAUUUUCAAACAACGAAACAAGCUCAACCACAUUUAUCAACACCACAAUUAAUGAAACAUUUAAGUCAAGAAUAUAGAAAAACAAUGGAACAACAACAACAAUCAAAUCCUAUUGAUUUACCUGAUCUAGAACAAUUAAAAAUUUGA